CCUCCUCUUUGCGACGCAAUGGCUCCCUCCCUUCUCCGUCAGGGCAGAAGCUCCGCCUCGGGAGCCCAAACGCGAAGGCCGCUCCUCCCUUCCCACGUGUGCCACCGGCAGAAGGGAAGCAGCGCCUGCGCGCCCGAGGAACGUGGAAGCGCGGCCGGGGGCCCGUGUCCGAGCGGUGCCGCUUAUGGAGUGCGCCCGUUUGUGGAGCCGGCGGCUGCGGCCCGUCGCGCUGCGCGUGUUCGCCUCGGGGAUCUGCUGCUGCAGCAGCCGCCGCUUCUUGCCACGAGGGCGCGCCGCCUGCUGCCUGCCGGAUGUCGCGGCGUGGGCUGCCUGCAGGCCCGGGAAUUGCCGGCUCGAGCCGGAGGGCAGGCGGACCUUGCUGCGCGCAAAUGAUCUGUCUCGACACUUUACUACAGACGUGUCUCAAGCCACUUUAGCGAGUGUGGCUCCAGUGUUUUCAGUGAUGAAAUUCGAUAAAGAAGGUGGUAUAAGCUUUUACGAAAGAAAGAAAACAGAGCUAUAUCAGGAACUAAGUCUCCAAGCGCGAGAUCUACGGUUUCAACAUCAAGUCAGUGUAUCUCCCAGGAACAACAGGAUUAUCAUGAGAAUGGAAUUUUUGAAGGCAGUGAUUACACCGGAGUAUCUCCUAAUCCUAGACUAUCGCAAUUUGAACUUGGAAAAAUGGCUCUUCCAAGAACUGGCACCUCAGCUAGCUGGCGAUGGUCAACUUGUUACAUAUUCUUUGCCCUUUGAAUUCAGAGCUAUCGAAGCAAUACUACAGUACUGGAUCAGCUACCUGCACGGGAGACUUAACAACCUGCAGCCUCAGAUUCUUGAGACCCUGGAUGCUUUAGUGGACCCUAAGCUUUUAUCUGUUGAUAGGAGCAAAGUCCGUGUCCUAUUGCAAAAUGGAAAGAGCUUGUCAGAGUUAGAAACAGAUCUUAAAGUUUUCAAAGAGACACUCUUGGAAAUCUUAGACGAGGAAGAAGUGCUGGAAGAACUGUGCCUGUCUAAAUGGACAGACCCCCAAGUAUUUGAGGAGAGUCUGUCUGGAAUUGACCAUGCGGAGGAGAUGGAGCUGCUAUUGGAGAAUUAUUACAGGCAGGCAGAAGAUCUUCUCAAUGAUGCUCGUGAGCUUCGGGUAUUGAUUGAUGAUUCUGAAAGCAUCAUCUUUAUCAACUUAGACAGCCACCGCAAUGUGAUGAUGAGGCUGAACUUGCAGCUGACCAUGGGUACUUUCUCGCUCUCCCUCUUCGGAUUGAUAGGAGUAGCUUUCGGCAUGAACUUGGAAUCCUCAUUCGAAGAGGACCGCAGAAUGUUUUGGCUGGUGACAGGAAUUAUGUUUCUGGGCAGCGGCCUAAUUUGGCGGCGUCUGCUUUCAUUUCUUGGGCGACAUCUGGAACCUUCAAUGCCUCCACCUAUCCCUGCUCUGCUGAAAAGAACUCAGCCAGCAAAUGGGAAGGUGGAAUAUAAAAGCGAUAUUAAAACAGAACCCCUUGGGUCAAGUAGAAGCACACUGACUAACCACUGACCAGACUUUAGACUGUGUUCUCUUGUAAUACUGUAGCAGGGAUUUCUCCUUUGACUCUUAAUGACAUGCCAAAGAUCUGCAGCUGAGACCACCAAAACCAGAAGCUUUGCUGAGAAAAGAGUACAGUCGACUUUUGUGCACCACGGUAGGAAAUCAGAAUUCCACAAGUCAGCUGGAUGAGCUGAAGGUGCUUUUCAUCUGAUGUCUCCUGUGGGAAAUUCCGUUUGGUGUAAUCUUUAAGGAACACAAGAAAAUGGGUAAUAAUAAUGUUCUCCCUCCAAAGAA